AUGGAGGGAAAUAGGCUCAUCUCUACUAGUGUAGUCCAAUCUUCAAGUCUCCAUAGUGAAAGAAUUCAGUUAACUCCAUGGGAUCUCCAGUUUCUCCUACUUGGCUCUAUUCAAAAGGGUUUUCUGUUUCACAAACCAGCGCCAUCACAUGAAAAACAACUUUUAGCCAACACCAUAGUUGAUCAUCUCAAGAUCUCAUUCUCCCGCACACUCGGGUUCUUCCCUCUCCUCACUGGCCACCUUGGUGUCAUUGAAAAUGAUGACAACACUUCCUCAUUCUUCGUAGACUGCAACAAUGCCGGAGCUCAUUUCAUUUAUUCAGUUGUUGACAAUAUCACUGUCAACGAUAUGCUUGAUUCUGUGUACGUGCCUCACAUUGUCAACUCUUUGUUCCCACUUAAUGGUGUCCUUAAUCACGAAGGCGUUUCCAAACCCUUACUUGCAGUUCAAGUAAAUGGGCUCGUCGAUGGCUUCUUCGUUGGUUGCACCAUGAAUCAUGUAAUCGGUGAUGGUUCAUCUUUUUGGCAGUUCUUUAAUUCUUGGUCAGAAAUAUCACUAGGUUCUGACAAUAUACCACGACCUCCAGUUCUCAACCGUUGGUUUCCUAGCAAUACCAAUUGCCCUGUUUGA